AUGGCGUCAAGUCAUUCUGCGGUGAACCCAGGAGUUACUGGACCAGGUCUCUCCGACUUUCCCAAAAACAUUCGGAACAAGAUCACUCUGCUUGAUAUUCCUGCCGUGGAAGUGCAUGCUCUCAUCGAAAAGGAAUGUCCUCAAAUGCUACAGAAAAUUGCACCCUAUGGAGCCAAUUGGAUGAGACAUGUCAUGUACAACACCAUCCCCAAGGAGAUCCGAGUCUACGCGUAUGUCCACUGUGACAUGGUCCAACCAGACUGGUACAAGAGUUAUGGCCUCACGGCUCUCCUAUUCCGUUACAACACCCACAAAGUUGAGUUGGAGCAGGAAGUAUCUGAGGAGCAGGCCCGCAGCAUGUUGUGGUUCUAUGCCCUCGUCCAAUUUUAUGCCAAAAGUUUGACUGAAAACACAAUUGAGCGACAAACAGGAAAACAUGGUAGGCCCACGUCGAGGACUGCUUCUAGGACUGAGUUGCUACGAGUCGAACGUGCCCUCUACAUACAUGAUAUUCUAUUGCAGGCGAUGACCACCAUACCCCGCCACACUAUGACUCGCAAGGAAGCCAAUGCUCCUUGGAAGAGCUUCCUAGAGAAUUUCACUGGCUGGAUGCUAUAUCAGGUGAUAACUGUGAAUAAGAUUCUCCACAAUGAUGAUGCAGCGAGGUGCAUUGCCGAUAAUGUGGAGCUGGAAAGCUCUCUCCGCUCUUUCUCUGAGAAAGAAGGUUGCAACUAUCUGUUGGAAGGAGGAUUGGCGUUCAAGCGCACAUUGGGCCAGAAAUGGCAUCAUGGAGGACUGGAUGAUGAAGAAAAAUUUCGCUUCAAGUGCUGGAGGGCUGCUGGCGAGAGAAUACUUAACGCCAUUUGGGGAAAGCUAGAAAACAGCGAUCCCAAGUUCAAUAAGCAGAAAUUUUCUCCAAAUACUGACCCAAUGCUCAAAAGGAUGUAUGAUCCGUUUGUAUUCAUCGAGGAGGAUAAUGGCCCACACCGUCUCUGGUACGAGAUCGCGGAGGAACAGCCUGCUAAUCCAGAUCAAGAGAUGAGCCUCUUCUUCACCGGUUCUGGCCACCCACAAUACAUGCUCUUUAUGUGGGAUGAAGACCGGCUGCGGGACAUGGGCUACCUCUCGGGUGACGGCAGUUCUUGAGAACAGAGUGACCGUGCUUGCAUCCUUACCCACGGUUUGAGAUGACCUGGGAGCUUGGUAUCAAUAGUCAUUCCUUUUUUUACUUGCUUACCGCCAGAAAAUAAGCUCUCAUAAAAUCCAACAUAGUUUUGCUUCAUUGAAUAAACUAUGACUCCAUUUCCUGUAGACCGCCUUUCUUGCUUUCCACUAACCAAUGUAGAAGACAAUUAUAUACCACACUAACUGUAAAUCCUGUGCUCAUAGCUCCAACCUUCAGUACCUAUCAGUAUCAAUCCCGAAUAAGACCAACCCAACACAAACAUAAACCAACCAGGAGGAGCCUGCUAUGCCAGACAACCUCCACUGACAGCACAACCACACACUGAAAUUUGGGGUGCAUAAUGCACAGAUUGCAGGCUGCAUGCAUUGCAUAUGUGUGUCACUUGGUGGAUGUACCACAGCAACAAGAAUAUGUGUGACCCCACAUUAUUGUGAAG